CUUGUCAUUGAUUGUGUCCGGCACCACUGUUGUGAGCUGACGUGGCUCGGGCUUGCGUAUGAUGAGCGCAGAUACGAAUCGGUCCUCCUUGGGAGGUCGAUGCGACUCUCUGUCCUAUGCGCAGCCCCGUGCUCUACUGUCUCAUAUUCACACUCUCGGCCAUUGUGUUGGAGCCUCAUGCCGGGGAAGCUUCUAUACUUGCUGCGAUUGAAUGCGACGGCGCGUCGCGCGACUACUCCACUAGACAAUCUGCGGUGUCUCUGACUUGUGGGAGUCGUCGUUCGCUGCUUCCCCGCCGUAUACCACACGUCACCCACGCUGCGCGCAUCACACUAUCACAAUGUCGAAACGGAAAGCUGUCCCGUUCCUUGCCGUCGCAGCGUCGAUUUCCAUUCUUCUCUUCUUUCUCUCCGGCGACACGGCUCACAAGGCAUGGGAAGGGUUACCACAACACAUAGGACUAGGGGAGCACAUAGGGAAUAGCUAUGCACACAAUGCAAGCGGUGUAAGCCAGCAUGAGCCAGACUAUGCAAAUUGGAACCCACGGCCAGACUUCCGCGCUGGCUCCGCACUGCCAGCAGGGCAUAACUAUACGUCUACGCUUGUAAUUGCAAGGACGAGAGAAGAGGAAAUGGACUGGCUGAAGCGCGAGAUCCCCGACCAACCAACCGCAAUCUACGUCGUUGAUGAUCCGUCCGCUGAACUGCACCCGCCCAAGAACAAAGGGCACGAGGUCAUGGUCUACCUGACCUACAUCAUCGACCACUACGACUCCCUCGCCGACGUGACAAUGUUCAUGCACGCGCACCAACUUGCCUGGCACAACGACGAGAUCCUCGGCAACGACGCCGCGAAAAUGAUCUCCCGCUUGUCCCGCCCGCGCGUCUGGCGUGAAGGCUUCGUCAACAUGCGCUGCUCCUGGUACCCCGGAUGUCCCGACUGGAUGCACCCUGGCGAAACUCGGAAGAACAAUUUCAAACAGGAAGAAGUCCUACUUGCUAAAUCUUGGAGCGAGCUUUUCCCGCUCGAUGAGAUUCCGCAGGUACUGGCGCAGCCUUGCUGUGCACAGUUUGCGCUGAGCAGGGAAAGAAUUCAGGCGAAGAGCCAUGCGCAGUACGUCUGGUACAGAGAGUGGCUGUUUCAGACCAAGAUUCCGGAUGAAUUGUCGGGCAGGAUCUGGGAGUAUGCUUGGCAGUUUGUGUUUACGGGGGAGGCUGUGUUCUGUCCGAAGGAACACAUUUGUUUUUGUGACCAGUAUGGGACGUGUUUUGGGGGCGAAGAUGAGUUCAGUAGCUGGAAGAGUUUGAAGGAUGAGCUUACGGAUCUUGAGAAGAAUUUGAGAGAUUGGGAGGAGAAGGAGAGGAAAAUCAAGCAGAUGGAGGAAGAGAACGAUGUGGAGAAGCUGAAGAAGCUGGAGAAGCCGGAGCUGGGGAAGAAUCAGGAGUUCCAGAGGGAUAUCGAUCGGUUAAGACCCAUCAUAGACCGUCUGAGGGACGAAGCUGAAGAGCGAGGGAAGGAUCCGAAAAACAGGGCAAAGGAAGUGGGAAGAGAUUGGCAUGAGGGUGACGGUUUUUAACUCGAAUCUUUUUGGAGCAUGGCGUUACAAAAGAAGGUCUUACAGGUUCUGGUGUUACAUGGAAGGAUACCCUUUCAGUCUCACUCUCGACUAGAUACCGCGGAUCUGGAGAUGCGCACGGCGCGACUCAUCCUAGACGAAGUGCUCAAGCACAUAUUCAAAUUCGAUUCGGCAUUCUGUUCGACCGACUAAGAUCGCCGUGGGCUGUUCUUUCUUGCACCACCUCCACUUUUAGCACAUUCGCCGGAUUCGGCAUUGUAGAAUGCGGGAGUAUUUGCACAACCAACAACAAAUUCGAUCCCUCGGAGCUCUACAAGACAAAAUUUAACAUCGCAAAUCUCUGACGGCCCU